ACAUGACACUUGGACUCGCUCGCUGCGAACCGACGGGACGGCUCAGUUCACUCUUGCUUACAUACACUCCCACGCGGCGCGACGACGUUUAUCGUCUACUAUAUUUAAUAUUUAAUGUUAUAAAUAGCGUUGUUGUGAUUAUAUUCUGCACAGAGAUUAAACACUUAUCCAGUCUAGUGUAUAAUGCAGUAAUUAUUGAUUAAUCGUGAUCGAUUGACGUGCUUUACUCCGCGACUGCAGCUAUGGCGCCGGGCAUACUCGAAAUCUUGACGCUAGUCGGCAUAGCCGUUCUCGGUAUUCACUAUUACCUAACGUCUAAUUUCGACUUCUGGAAAAAACGCGGCGUCGUCGGACCGCAACCGCAAGCUCUAUUCGGCAAUUUCAAGGACAUCCUCUUUGGAAAAGCUCACAUCGCUCUGCUGGUGAAAAAAUUCUACGACGCCUACCCGGGUGAACCGAUGAUCGGCAUGUUCGCGCCUCGGGGCAAGCCGAUUCUCAUCCUCAAGGAUCCGGACUGCAUCAAGGACGUCCUCAUCAAGGACUUCAACGUGUUCUCGAAUCGUGGCCUGUACGUUAACAAGGACAAGGAUCCUCUCAAUCAGAAUCUGGUCAAUCUCGAGCACGAGCGCUGGCGACCUCUGAGAAACAAACUGUCGCCGGCCUUCACCUCGGGCAAGCUGCGCGAGAUGUUCUACCUGAUGACCGACUGCGCCAAUCACUUCGAGAGGUACAUCGUGAAGAACGUCGUCGAUCGCGGCACGAUCGAGUGUCGCGAGCUCGCGGCCAAGUUCACCACCCAGUCGAUCGGCGUCUGCGCCUUCGGACUCGACACCAAGUCGCUGGACGACGAGAACAGCGAGUUCCGCAAGUGCGGCCGCGAACUGUUCGAGACGAACUUCGCCAACGUGGCCAGGAGGACCCUGCAAGAAUUCGUGCCGAAGAUUUAUGAAUUGCUCGGGCCUUUCAAGUACAGCAGGGCAGUUUUGUUUUUCGCUCGAUCGACCAAGGAGACGAUAGAUUAUCGUAAAAAGAACGGAGUGCGGAGGAACGAUUUCGUGGAUAUUUUGAUGGAUAUACAAGCUCAGCCUGAUAAGUUGAAAAAUAUCGAUUUUGAUGAAAAAUUCUUAGCUGGCCAAGCCCUGGUAUUCUUUGCCGCUGGAUUCGAAACCUCUGCCACGACCAUCAGUAACACAUUUUACGAAUUAGCUUUAAACCCUGAUAUUCAAAAUAAGCUUAGGGCGGAAAUUCAGGAGGAAAUAAAAAAUAAUGAUGGAAAGUUGACGUACGAUGGCAUUAAAAAGAUGAAAUACUUGGAUAUGGUUAUGAAAGAAACUUUACGGAAAUAUCCUCCGGGUAGUGUUCUAGUAAGAAAAUCAGGCGCGUCUUAUACCUUCUCCGCCAAGAAAGUUCAAAUUCCAAAGGACGUCACAAUUAUGAUUCCAGUCUGGGCGAUUCAACGAGAUCCGAAAAUUUAUCCCGAUCCCGAAAAGUACGAUCCAGAGCGUUUCAGCGAGGAAAACGAAAAGAGCAGACACCCCAUGAAUUAUUUACCAUUCGGGGAUGGUCCUCAUAAUUGCAUUGGCUCUCGAUUCGCAAAUUAUCAAACGAAAAUUGGUAUCAUCGUCGUUAUUAAUAAGUUCAAAUUAGAGGUUUGCGACAAAACGUGCAUCCCCUAUAUAGUAGAGCCCAGAUCGCUCGUACCAUCGCCUAUCGGAGGAAUUCAUUUGAAAUUGUCCAAAAUAUAGAUCGUUGAUUCGAUUUGUCAAAAUAUUGGCAUUGUUAAUAUUUUUUACAUAGUAAUCUGUAAAAAACAUUUGUAAGACAAACAUUGAUAAAACAGUAAAACUACAACCAUUAACACAUGUUAACAUUUCCUUCUCAUUUAA